AUGUGAUGAGGCUUGUUUACAACUUUACGCGGGAAGGUCCUGUGAGCCAGAGUCUCCCCGUCUCUAUAGGACUUGUUGAGCUGAGUCAAUAGAGUCUCUCCGUCUCUAUAGGACUUGUUGAGGUGUAUUCCUGUGUUUCCGGGGCUGCUUGAGGUGGAUCAGCGUGUGUACGGGACUGAAGGAAGAUGGAAGGUGUUGUAAGCGAGGCUCGCACGCGGGUCAACGGUGCCUUACUGGCCCAGUACAACAGUCGUCCCGUGGUGCUGAUGGGUGAGGUGGACAAGGUGGACCCUUCAGGCAGAAUGGUUACAGUGAGGGCAAGUGAUGGCCAGCCGGUGCAGGUUAGGUUCCAGCAGCCUCUACAGGAAAUUUUGGAAGGUGUCGUUGAAAUUCACGGGGUAGCCGAGGGCCGGCAACUGGUGUGCAAGUCGUACAUCACCUUCCCGCUGGACGAUGCCAAGAAUUUUGAUAUGCAGGCAUAUGACCAAGCCAUCCGACUGAUUCACUCUGUGAAAGACAACCCUUGGAAGUUUGAAUAACCUGACUUGAAAUGAUUAUCCACUUGCCUGUUCUUUUGUGAAUAUUAUGUCUGUCAAAGGAAAUAUUUGUAACGUGUGAUUUUCUUUGUUAUUAAAUGUAAACCAGAAGUUUGA